AUGUGGCCAGCCCGGCGCCCUCGCAGCCGCGCUUCGGCGGCCAGUGCAGGCCCACGCCGCCGACGUGGCACGAGCCCUGCGCCAGCGGCGGGGGCGCGGCCGCGGCGGCCAAGGAGGCGGCUGGAGGGCGGCCGCGUCCCCGCGCAUUGCGGCGCCUCGAGGAGGUCUCCGCGGCUGCAUGCAGCCCUUCGCGGCGGUGCUGGCUGGGGGCACGAGCCUCGUGCUGUCGAUGUCGGGGUCAAGGCGCACGCUGAGUGCGGCGACGUUGCGCCUGGAGGUGGAGAGUGUCGUGAGCCCAGGCAUCAUGAUCUGGCACUUGGCGGGUGCACGUGUGCUCGUACCGGCAUCGGCGACGCAGGCCGAGCACUUCGACGACGCUUUGCUUACGGAGUUCCGCCCGGCGCUGCAGCGGCCCCAGCGCCAGCGACGGCCUGGCGCGAGCGUUGCCCCUUGGCCACGUUGCCGCCGGGACCCAUGCCAGGCGCCAACGAGGAGGACGUGGCGGCCCACCGCGCGCUGCCAGCGGAGAGGGCGCAGGGCCCGACGCCGACGCGGAUGGCGCAGCGGGCCACGCGGCCCGCCCGGGCGGCUGCGCCGGUGCGGGUGCCGUUGCCCGCCGCGGGGGCCGGAGGCGCGGGGGCCGUCGGCAGCGCGGCGGCCGUCGCUCGCCGCGCGCGGGGGGCGCCUUCCCCGCGCAGAUGGCAGGGCAGCGGCCGCAGUGCGCACCGGCAGGGGCGGGGAGAAGCGGCGGUGCGGCGUUGGGCGUCGUAG